GUUAGUGGGUCCCAACGGCUGCGGGCGGGGCCGGCGGGAGCGCAGCGGCCCGGGAGGUGCGCGGUUGAGCGAAGCCGCGGGGCCCAACCGCAGUCGCGGGGUCUGGGAGCCCUCUGCUGCAGAUUCUGCCUCCCCUGGGACAGAUGUCUUCUUGAGCGCACUCCCACGGUGGGUGGCUGCUCUGGGUAUUCAUCCUUGGGGUUCUUUCCUGGUGAAGCCAGCUUGUCGUGCUGUCCCCCUUGUCAAUGAAGCCAUCAUGGUUCUGGUCAAUCAUGUUGAAAGCCUCCUUAAACUCCUGGACGUGGAACUGGUCAAAUAUCACGACGACAUUGGAUGUGGCCCCCUGUGGUGUGGUCGCUUCUUGGUGGUCUUGGCUUUGGUCCACUUGCUGGACAUUUUGGCUUCAGGAAGCAGUACCUUGAAGAGAAAUUGGAGAGGGAGUCAAUUCCUAGGAUAGCAGAGAGAUGGACAACAGACAGAAUAUCACCCCAGCUCUGAUCUUUGCCAUCACAGUUGCUACAAUCGGCUCUUUCCAAUUUGGCUACAACACUGGGGUCAUCAAUGCUCCUGAGAUGAUCAUAAAGGAAUUUAUCAAUAAAAGUUUGACGGACAAGGGAAAUGCCCCUCCCUCUGAGGUGCUGCUCACGUCUCUCUGGUCCUUGUCUGUGGCCAUAUUCUCCGUCGGGGGUAUGAUCGGCUCCUUUUCAGUCGGACUCUUUGUCAACCGCUUUGGCAGGCGCAAUUCAAUGCUGAUUGUCAACCUGUUGGCUGUCACUGGUGGCUGCCUUAUGGGACUGUGUAAAAUAGCUGAGUCGGUUGAAAUGCUGAUCCUGGGCCGCUUGGUUAUUGGCCUCUUCUGCGGACUCUGCACAGGUUUUGUGCCCAUGUACAUUGGAGAGAUCUCGCCUACUGCCCUGCGGGGUGCCUUUGGCACUCUCAACCAGCUGGGCAUAGUUAUUGGAAUUCUGGUGGCCCAGAUCUUUGGUCUGGAAUUCAUCCUUGGGUCUGAAGAGCUAUGGCCAGUGCUAUUAGGCUUUACCAUCCUUCCAGCUAUCCUGCAAAGUGCAGCCCUUCCAUGUUGCCCUGAAAGUCCCAGAUUUUUGCUCAUUAACAGAAAAGAAGAGGAGAAUGCUAAGCGGAUCCUCCAGCGGUUGUGGGGCACCCAGGACGUAUCCCAAGACAUCCAGGAGAUGAAAGAUGAGAGCGCAAGGAUGUCACAAGAAAAGCAAGUCACCGUGCUGGAGCUCUUUAGAGUGUCCAGCUACCGACAGCCCAUCAUCAUUUCCAUCGUGCUGCAGCUCUCUCAGCAGCUCUCUGGGAUCAAUGCUGUGUUCUAUUACUCAACAGGAAUCUUCAAGGAUGCAGGUGUUCAAGAGCCCAUCUAUGCCACCAUCGGCGCGGGUGUGGUUAAUACUAUAUUCACUGUAGUUUCUCUAUCUCUGGUGGAAAGGGCAGGAAGAAGGACUCUGCAUAUGAUAGGCCUUGGAGGGAUGGCUUUUUGUUCCAUGCUCAUGACUGUUUCUUUGUUAUUAAAGGAUAACUAUAAUGGGAUGAGCUUUGUCUGUAUUGGGGCUAUCUUGGUCUUUGUGGCCUUUUUUGAAAUUGGACCAGGCCCCAUUCCCUGGUUUAUUGUGGCCGAACUCUUCAGCCAGGGCCCCCGCCCAGCUGCAAUGGCAGUGGCCGGCUGUUCCAACUGGACCUCCAACUUCCUAGUCGGAUUGCUCUUCCCCUCCGCGGCUCACUAUUUAGGAGCCUACGUUUUUAUUAUCUUCACCGGCUUCCUCAUUACCUUCUUGGCCUUUACCUUCUUCAAAGUCCCUGAGACCCGUGGCAGGACCUUUGAGGAUAUCACACGGGCCUUUGAAGGGCAGGCACACGGUGCGAAUAGAUCUGGGAAGGACGGCGUCAUGGAGAUGAACAGCAUCGAGCCUGCUAAGGAGACCACCACCAAUGUCUAAGUCAUGCCUCCUUCCACCUCCCUCCCAGCAUGGGAAAGCCACCUCUCCCUGAACAAGGGAGAGACCUCAUCAGGAUGAACCCAGGACUGCUUCUGAAUGCUGCUACUUGAUUCCUUUCUCAUCCCAUGCACUCCAUGAGCACCCAAGGCUGGGGUUUGUUGGAUUUUCAAUGGCUUUUUAAAUAUUUUAUUUCCUGGACAUUCUCUUCUGCUUAGGAGAGACCAAGUGAACCUGCCUUCAUUUCAGGAGGGAUUGGCCGCUUGGCAUAUGACAACUUGCCAGCUUUUCCUCCCUUGGAUUCUAAUAUUGCCACACUAGGGGAUACAGGAGAGGAAAAGAAAGGUGCAGUUCCCCCAACCUCAGACUUACCAGGAAGCAGAUACAUAUGAGUGUGGAAGGCAGAGGAGGUUUAUGUAAGAGCACCUUCCUCACUUCCAUACAGCUCUACACGGCAAAUUAACUUGAGUUUUAUUUAUUUUAUCCUCUGGUUUAAUUACAUAAAUAUUUAUUUUUUAAGUGUAAUUUUGCCAAAUAAUAAAAGCAGAAGGAAAUUGAGAUUAGAGGGAGGUGUUUAAAGAGAGGUUAUAGAGUAGAAGAUUUGAUGCUGGAGAGGUUAAGGUGCAAUAAGAAUGUAGGGAAAAUGUUGUUCAUUAUUGGAGGGUAAAUGAUAUGGUGCCUGAGGUCUGUACGUUACCUCUUGACAAUUUCUGUCCUUCAGAUGGAAACUCUUUGAUUUCUCAGAAAAGUUGUAUGCCUAUUUAAUAAAGCUACUCAUUUCCUUUGGAACUUUAAGAUAAUAGUUUACAUGUAGUAGUACUUGAAAUCUAGGAUUAUUAACUAAUAUGGGCAUUCUAGUUAAUGGCAGUUGAUGGGUUCUAAUUUUGGAUGGAGUCGAGGGAAGGGAAAGUGAGUUCUAGAAAGCCUGCUCCCCUCACUGGACGAAAUAACUCCUUCUUCCUGUAGUAGUCUCAUUACUUUUGAAGUAAUCCCGCCACCUAUCUCAUGGGAGAGCCAUCCAAACGAGAAACCUAAAAUAAUUGGUUCUUGGUAGAGAUUCAUUAUUUCUCCACUUUGUUCUUUAGGAGAUUUUAGGUGUUUUCUGUUUUAUUUUAACUCAUACCUUUAAAGGAAUUCCCCAAAGAAUGUUUAUAGCAAACUUGGAAUUUGUAACCUCAGCUCCGGGAGAGGAUUCUUUUCUGAGCGAUUAUUAUCUAAAGUGUGUUGUUGCUUUAGGCUCACGGCACGCUUGCGUAUGUCUGUUGCCAUGUCACUGUGGUCCUGUGCCGAGUGCCCUCAGGGGACUUGAAUCUUUCCAAUAAACCACGUUUAGAUAGUAUGAGUCAAUGUGCAGUGUAGCCCACACUUGAGAGGAUGAAUGUAUAUGCACUGUCACUUUGCUCUGGGUGGAAGGACGUUAUUGUUGGCUUAUUUUCUCUGUGUUUGUUCCUACAGCCCCUUUUCAUAUGUUGCUCAAUCUCUCUUCCCUUCUUGGUGCUUACACAUCUCAGACCCUUUAGCCAAACCCUUGCCAAUGACAGUAUUUUGGUUCUCAGUUCUCACUGUUCCCUCUGGUCGUGGAGACUUUGAAUAAAUAUGCACAUAGCUAUGGAGUGGAGUUUAGCUGGAAAGGUGACCUUCCAACUUCACGUCAACUUCUGCUCCUCAAACAGGUUGGCAGUAAGGCAGGAAGUUGUUUUCCUAUUUCUCACUGAGAAGAUUGUAAAUAUUUCCAUAUGGACUUUCCAUUAUUAAUGUUAGUUUGAUUCUUUGUUUUAAAAUAAAAAUUCUAAAUGUACACGACA